AGGAAACUUCGCACACUGCCUUGCUUCUGGGCCAGCGUGUCGCUGCGUACUUUUCUUACCAUUAGAAUAUGGCAUCAACGCAUGUGUGCAGGCACUGCGCGUGAGCAGCUGCAUAAGCGCGAUUCUACUCGAGCGGUGGUUGAAAGCUCCUGUCAGUACGUCCAGUGUGCGCCUUGAAGGCAUUGGGCAAGCAAUGCUACGGAUCUUGAUGCUUCUACCCCAACUAGUGUUGCAAAACAAGUCGGUCUUGGCGGUACUGGCGGUCAUCCCCAUUCGAGGGCGUUCGCGACCUUCACGUGUUGGCGCCACCCGCGUACGCUGUACUCUCUUAUGGAAACUAAAACAUGUAUGACGGCUUCAACUACUUGACAUAUUGUGAGCGAGUUGCGCUGUCCGUGUCCUGUCGUGAUAACUCUGGGCAAGGAGAAGGCUAAACUGCCAGAAUCACCUUUAGGUGUUAAGAGGCAGCAGCCAUUACCUUACAAGUCAUCCUAGAGCUUUCGCGCGCCGCACGGCGCAGUCUUGGCUCCAGUCAUUAUGGCAUCUUUAGGCGGAGGCCAGUAGUUUCAACGCCAGCUGCACACCACUUGUAUGCCUCACGGAUAGCUCUUGUGGGGGCCAAGCUCGCGGCGCUAGCAGGUUAACAUGGCCGCAAGCACCCAGCAUACUAGAUUUAUGCAGCAUUAAGAACAGGCGUUGCCAUGGAGGCCGCUCGGGACCAUGGCUCCCAGCUCGGGGCCCCGCAGAAACCAGCCGCACACGCGACAAGCUACGGGACUGAGUCUUCAUCAGCUAUGGCACCGACGGCGUCAGGGCUGCUGCACCACCCCAGCCCGCCUGCCCUACCCUGCUAUUCGCUCGCCACGCCGGCCAUCGAUGCCCUUUUCGCCUCCGGGGAGCAGCACUCGCUGAUGCUGGACUCCGAUUUGCCCUCCGCCGAGGAGCUGGAGGCUCUAGAGCGGCGGGCCAGCAUGGGCGUGGCGGCGCUGCAGGACCUGUUCAACAUAGGGACGUGCGAGAGCACCUGCCUUCCAGUUGGGCUUGCGGGGGAAACUCCCGCGUAUGAGGUCCAGGACGGCACUCCGGCCACAGCGCCCACCGCGCCGCCGCCGCGGCUACAGCCAGCGGCGGCGCAGCUGCACAGAGCUACCGGCAGUAGCUGCGGCGAAGGCGAUGCGGCUGUGGUAGGCGCCACGCCCAUGUCCGGCCUCAGCUGCAGCGGCGCCGCGGCGGAGCUGCCGCUGCCGCCGCUGCAGCCCCUGCCAGGUGUAAAUCAGGAGCAGCCGCACUUGCUACAGCCGCAGCGGCAGCAGCUGCUGCUGCAGACUGUGGGUCAAGGUGGGGCGCAUGCAAGCGCGGGAGGUUGUGCGGCGGGCCCGCCAGCCGGCUCAGGCGGCAGCGCCGGCGUGCCCUUUCAAGGGCAGGAGGGUGCGGUGCUCCCGGGGUCAGUUGCGCCGCAUCACCUGCAUCAGCAGCCGAACCAGCAGCACCGCCAACAGCACCACCCACAGCAGCAGCAGCACCACCCACAGCAGCAGCAACAACAGCAGCAGCAGCAGCAGCAGCUGUACGCAGCUCACGAGGGGCUUGAGACUCAAGCGCACGGGCUUCCGUCGGAGCCACACGGCCGACCCUGGGGCGAGGCGGGUCGCCGGCACAGCGACGCCGCGGCUCAGGUGCGGGGCCCUGCAGAUCAGCUCAUGUGGCCGCAGCACCAGCUGCAGCCCCAGCCCCAGCAGGAGGGGUCGCAGCAGCCGCUCGCAGGGUGCAUGGCUGCGCUGUCAUCAUCCGGCCGCGACUGUGUGUACGGGCAAGGCCAAGAGCUAGGCCAACACCCGGGCGCCAGUGGCCCAGGCGGCGAUGCCGGCGGCGGCGGUUACCCGGCGGCGGCAGUAGCCUCAGCUGCUGUGGCGGCGGCGGCUGUAGCCCAGCAGGCUCACCUGCAGCAGCAGCAGCAGCAGCAGCAGCAGCAGCAGCCGCAGGGGCCGCAGCUGCAGCCACACGCACAGCAGGCAUGGGCGCGGCAUGGCCACGGGUAUGGGCACUUGCAACAACGGCAAUCGGAGGCAGCGAUCGGCGGCGUUCCGCAGCACCACGAGCUGUUACAGCAACAGCCGCAACAGCCGCAGCAGCAGCAGCAGGUGUGGAAUGCACGGACUCGACACGCCGCCGGGGCGGCCACCAGCGCGGGGGCGUCGCCGCCGGGCGGCUGCUACAGCCACGCCACCCGGGAGUCGUCUGCCGGCCUGGCCGCGGAGGAGGCGCAGGCCCGGGUGAGGUGGAGCGCGGGUGGCGACCCCGCUAAUAGCGGUCCCGGUGGUGCAGGCGCUGCGGCGUGGCAACCUCAGCAGCAGCCGCAGCAGCAGGAGCUGCGCCUUGGCAGCCGCAGUGCAGGCCAGCCGCAGCAGCCGGGGAGCUACGCAGCUGCCCAGGCGCAGCCCUGCAGCGGCGGCGCCCCUGGCCACGCCCGCGGCUACCCAGGCCCGGCAGCGGCACCUGGGCCAAUGCCAGAGGCGCCGCGCGAGCAGUGCGCUGCCGGCGGCGGCCGUGGCGGUGCGGCAUGGCCGCUCGCAGUGGCGGAGCGGCUUCAGCAGGUCAGCCCGGAGCGCAUGCCGCGCCGGCCCUGCAGCUCGGACCCCUACGCACACCCGCCCGUGCAGGCCAUGCCGGCGGCGGGGUGGCCGGGCGUGCAGCGCCAGCAGCCCAGUCACCGCGAGGUCGAGCCCGGGUACGGCCGCGGCAGCGCGCCGCCCCACGCAGGCGGCAGCGCUGACUUACAGCACCUGCAACAGCACCUGCACCCCCACCUGCACCCGCACCAGGGGCAGCGCCUGCAGCUGCAACAACAACAGCAGCAACAGCACUCCUGGGCGCAGGAGGAGGACCGGCAGGCGUGUGCGGCCGGCGGCGUACACGCGUUGCAGCAGCAGCAGCCGCUGCAGGGGUACCCAGGGCCUGUACACUGCCAAGACCUGCAGCAGGACUACGAGCCUGUGGGCCCGCGCCCGCCAUGCCAGCCCGUCGACACCGGCUGCCACCGCACCCUAUCCCCUCACCAGAUGCACCACCAUUACCAUCAUCACCACCAUCACCACCCACAACAAGAACAACGCCUCCAGUACCUGCAGCAGCAGCAGCAGCAGCAGCAGCAGCAGCAGCCGCCUGCUCUAGAGGCAACGCACGCGCCGGAGCGGCCGCAGGGUUCUUGUGGCGACGCAGUAAUGCGGCCGCCGCCUCGGGGAGCGCAUGCACAUGCCUUCCGCGCUCCGGCGCGCACACCUCCCGCCUUCUCCGACGUCCACAUCGACCUGGGCGGCUUGCCCGCGGGCGGCCAGCGCUCUGGCAAUGCAGCGGUGCCGCCGCGGCCGGUGAGCCCGUACGACCAACAUCAGCAGCUGCAGCAGCGGCAGCACAUGCGACAGCAACUGGGACCGCAGCACCUGCCGCCGCAGCAGCCGGGGCCGCAGUCCAGUAGCAGCUCUCCCGAGGCGCCGGCGCAGCAGCACCACCGCUACCAACCGCAGCAGCAGCACCACCACCACCCGCAGCAGCAGCAGCAGCAGCAGCAGUACCAGCAACAGCAACUGCACCCACAGCCGCAGGCACAGGAGCUGCAUCGGCAAGAGGGCCGCAGUCGCAGCCACGGCCACAGCCACCCUCACCCGCAGCACUACCCAGGCCAGCACCAGCAUCAGCACCAGGAGCCCUCUGCCCACGUGCAGCAGCAGCGGGUGGCGGGGACCUACAGCGCCGGCCCCGCCGCAUCCGGCGGCCAGUCCCAAGGCCACUCCCACAACGCCUCCCGCGCGUCGCUGCCCGCCCCGCAGCCCACCAGCCACCAGGAGGCUGACCCGGCGGACGGCCGCCACGCCUCGGCCCGGCCCUCAAGCCAGGUCCAGGUCCCGGCCACCAGCGGCGCCGCAGCGGCCACAAGCACAGGCAGCCGCGGCUGGGCCCCCGCCUACAGCGGCAGCUUCAGGCCCGGCGCCUACGUGUCGGAGGCGGAGGCGGGGCCGGAGGCGUCUCACGUGUCGCCACCGCCUGCCAAGCGCCACAAGUACGACCACGCCCCGGAUACAUACCAGCAGCGGCAGCAGCCGCCGCAGCAGCAAGCCUACCCGCGCCAGCAACACCAACCUGCUCAGCAGCAAGAUGCUUAUGACGGCGACGCAGGGUACAGCCAGCAGCAGCAGCAGCAGCCGCGCCAGGAGGCCUACCCAGCUGGCAUGGCCGCGCCGGCGCCAGCUGCCGCACAGGGCAGUGGGCUAGUGGGCCACACCUCUGGUCCUGGGUGCUUACAGCAGCAGCAGCAGCAGCAGCAAUGGGAUGGAGUGCCGCCGCCCGGCCCAAGCGCAGGCCCUGGGUACGGCGCGGCGCCGCGGUACCCCACCCCCACCUCGCGCGCGCCUCCCGCGUACACUGCUGAUCAACACCCGCACCGGCAGCCGCUGCAGCAGCAGCAGGACCAGCAGCAGCAGCAGGACCUGCAGCAGCAACAGGGGUGUCGUCUGGCCCCCCACCUUGACCCGCACCCCAACCCGCACCAGCUCUACGGCAGCCGCCCGCAUGACGAGCCCGGGGCCGCCGCCGCCUUCCAGCAGCAGGCCCACAGCGCGGGGCGGCGGCUCGCGUCCAUCAGCGGCGGCGAAGGCCCGGCGCUCCAGUGCCAAAGCAGCCAAGGAGUCGAGCCCCGGCACUCUCUCCACAGCCGCUCCUGCAGCCCCGGCGGCAGCGGGUCGCUGUGGUCAGAUGGGCAGGAGGCGCCUCGAGGCCCAAGCAGCGGGCGCGGCGCCUCCGCUGGUGCCACUCCGAGCCCGGAGGACGCCUACCAGGGCUAUGGCGGUUACGCCGUACAGCAGCAACAACAACAGCAACAGCAGCAGCAGCAGCAGCGGCCACCGAGUGGACAAGCCACGCUGCACCAGCGCCGUGCGCAGUCGCAGCAGCCACGGCUGCUAGACCAGCCGCCGCCGCCGCCGCAGCCAGCGCGGCGCCAGCGCCAGGGGCAGCAGGAGCGCCUCGAGAGGCUGUACAAGUACCACAUGCAGCACCUGCAGCAGCAGCCGCGGCAGCAGGAGCAGCAGCAGCAGCAGCCAGGGUGCGGCCCGCAUGCGGGCCCGCAGGCUGCACAGCCUCUGGACACGCGGGUACAGGGGCCGCGUGCAGCUCUGCCACAGGCGCAGGCGGCGCAGGGCGGCCGCAGCCAUCAGCCGCACACGCAUGGCCGAGCCUCUGCUGGCGCUAGCGCGGGUGCAGGCGGCGCGGGUGCAGGCGGCGCGGGUGCAGGCGGCGCGGCGGGUGCGCACAUGGACCCGCAGGCGCAGGCGCAGGCACAGCCCCGGUACGACGCCGUGUCCGCCCGCACGGGGCACAUGUCCGUGCACGUGCGUGCACCGCCCCUGGAGGAAGGGGCACCCGCGCCACACCGGUCGCAGCAGCAGGUGCAGAUGCAGCAGCAGCAGCAGGUGCAGGUGCAGGUGCAGCAGCAGGUGCAGCAGCAGGUGGCGCACAUGCAGGGCGGGCGGGAGCUGGCGCCGCACCCGCAGGCGCGGGGAGCGGCGCCUGCAGCGGAGCCCCAGCGCUACUCUGUGCACGCAGCGGAGCAGCUGGACUGGCCGUCGCCGCAGCUGCAGGAACAGCAGCUGCAGCAGCAGCUGCAGCAGCAGCGGCAGCAGCAGCACAUGGAGGCUGGCCAUGGCUACCAGUACCCGCACCAGCAGCCCUACCAGCCGCAGCAGUCGCGAUCGCGCCCUGCUCCGGACCCGACGGGGCAGUGGCCGGGCGCAGGCGCGCCCGGUAUCGGCACCGGCGGUACCUUCGCACGACCCCCGUACCAGCAGCCACACGCUGCUGUGGCGGCGCCAGCUCCAGGCGGGGCAGGGUGGCCAGCGGGCGACAUGGAGCCGGCGCCAGGCCCCGGGUAGCCGUCAGCCGCUUCACCCUUGGUUGUGGCGGCGGCGGCGGCUGGUCAUUUUAGCUUUCGCAUUAUUGCAAAUAUGCGGAGUCUCAAAGAGUGAUAUCAGUCGUGCGUGCAUGUAUUGUGGGCUGGCACAUGCACGAAACCUGUACGCAUGGUUUAACACGGUAUGCUUUUGCAUUCGAAGGAAAAGCCAAUGGCAACUCGUGGGGAGACGGAGGUCUGGGACUCUGUUGCAGCUUGCACAGGUUUAUGCUGGGGGUUGGCCCGUGCAUCGUGGCAACUAGUGGUUGCCAGAUGGGCUUCGUGUGCAUGGUGUAUUGGUGUGGGGUGGACACCCCACAUGGGGCUUGCCGACAAAGCUGCCAUGCAGGAGCAUUACCUACAGUGUGUGCGCAACGUGGAUGCAUGGGCGCCCCCGGUGCAACCGUUAGCUGGUUUAGUCAGUGCUUCAAGUGGGUGGCAGAGUUCUGUACAUACUCGUGUGGCUGCUGAGAAUACCUUCGUCUUACAAAGUGUAGGCGAUGACGGCCCUGCGUGCAGCUUGCAGCUUGCAGCCGGCUGAUGGGCUGGGAAAGUACCGGUAUACUGACAGUACCGUAAGCUGGUGACUGCACCUUUCGUGACAAGACCUGCGCUUGACAGUGUGGGCAUAGCUGGUGGCUGCCCUGGCAACACUUACCUCGCGCGCCUAGAGCUUCUGCUUCUUCGGGUCCGGCCCAGCCUUGACUGGGAGACAUUCCCUUAUCAUUCUUCAUGCCUUUUAGUACCGUAUUAUAUUAUAACUAUGGAAUAGGCGGGUGGAAAGGGGCGGCUGGAUCCGUUAUGCCGCGUGUGUGGGUGUGCGCGGCGAACGCAGAUCCGCAUUCAAAGCUCACUCAUGGGCCCUCGUUGCGGUUUGCUCAGGUAUGCAAGGGCUCCUUACUGGCGGCCAUUGUACUUGUGGUUGCUCCUCGAUGCAUGGGCUGUAAAAUAUACUGUUUGCGCACAUGAGAAGAACAGGAAUGUGCGUGUGCUUGGGCCACGCGUGUGGGGUUUCGUAUAUGUGUUGUGUUGUGAUGUGCAUCCACCCGGUUGCUUAAGGGCCGUUGUUAGCGGGCGCCAUUCUUGCCAGCCUAGAGUUGCAAGCCUGCUUUGGCUGGCAUGUAUGCACUGCUGUUCAUGCAACGCAGGUGUCAGGAGCGCAGGCAUGAAAGAUCCGGAGCAGAGAGGUGGUCUGGAGGUGCAAGCAGGCUGAGCUCUGCCGAAGUCGCAUGGUGAUCGUGACGUAGGGCUUACGGUAGUUUGAAACCGCUUUCGCUUUAUUUUGUGCCGUAUGAGAGACCUACGCGGACCCUCCCUACGAUCCAUGCAUAUUGUGCGCAGGAUUCAGGAGGGGUGGGUGGGUGGACUACUGCAAUGGGCACGCAAAGGCAUUGCCGCAGGGGCUUCCCAUAAACACGUGAGCACCAUUUCUGUUGCUUUAAAUAUACACUCAAUAAGUGAUGAUGAUGUGUUACAGGGUUGGAAGUGUGCGUUCCUGAACCUGUACCGAGACUAACCGAGCCGCAAGGGCUCCUCGUCUCUCCUGUUAGCAUUGUUGUGAGCUUCAUGCACACGCAAGGCAGAAUCUCUCAACCUCAGAAGCUUGUUACUCAAUA